UUAGGUAUUAUACAACCGCGGUCACCCACUUCCUCCUCGGCCGCGUGCUACCUCUACCCUUUCCUCGACGGGGUCCAGUACGGGGGCUUCGUCCUCGCGCAGUUCCCCUUCCUCCAAACCCUAAUCCUGCCCCUCGUCCCCGCGAUCCGGCUCUUCCGCUCCUCCCCGGUCACCCCCUUCCUCCUCUUCCUCACCCUCUACUUCGCGGUGGUGCGCAACCCCUCCCGCUUCAGCGGCUACGUGCGGUUCAACACGAUGCAGGCCAUCGUCCUCGACGUCCUCCUCAUCUUUCCCGACCUCCUCGAGCGGUCCUUCGCCCCCAGCAACGGGGUCGGCUACGAGAUCCUGCAGAGCGCCGACAGCACCGUCUUCUUCUUCUUCUUCUUCUUGCUCGUCUCCCUCGUCUACGGCUCCACCGCCUGCCUCCUCGGCCAAAUCUCCUGGUUGCCCCUCGUCGCCGACGCCGCCGAUCGCCAGGUCCUGUGACUGCCACCUCCUCUAUCUGCCCCUCCCCCUUCCCCUCACUACUUCUACUUCUUCUUCUUCUUCCUCCUCCUCUCGCAAAAAUAGGUGUCAGUUUUUGGCAUUCCACGGUUCCGAUUUGGGUAUUUGGGUGGGAUCGGAAAAGUGGAUUAGGUUAUAAUUUUUCCCUUCUUUUUUUUUUUUUUUCUGGUGGUAUUUGGUGGUGAAUUGGUUACAAAACUAGAUUUCCUUGUUGUACCAUCUUAUGUAGAACUCGUAAUUUUGCUAAUAAUAUUUUGCUGAUAAUUUCUGACUA